CACCCUUACACCCGGACAUUAUAGAUAAGCAGCUCAGAUGCUCGCUCAGCUCCGGUGUUUUAAAAGAUCUCUGGAGAUAUUUCCCUUAUGAGUUCACCCUUUAAACUGGCGAAUCAGGGAAUCUGCUUCAGCUCUGCACUAAAUGUUUAACUGGAACCAUUUCCCCGUGACGAGGAACCAACUGCUGAGGCUGACGAGUCCUAUUGGAUGCCUUUACAACGUCAACGAGCCAAUAGACGAGCUUCAACGGACCUUGACCGAUACUGUGCUGACUUGUAACCAGUGUCAAGGGUUCUAUAACAAGCACUGUACACAGAGUGGAACACAGUGGAAUUGUGUACUAUGUGGUGGAGUCAAUGAAGGAGUCGGCUCCGUCAAUCAGUCUGAUGAUUAUACCUACUGCUACAAAGAUCACGAGGAGACAGCGACUCUAAUUAUCGAUCUUAAUACUCCACAGGAUGAAUUUGAAGUUCUGAUUACAGAAUUGGUUCAGGCUAUACGUCUACACGAUGACUUGGCAAUUGCAGUGAUAACUUUUGACAAGCACUGUUACCUCUGGGAUCCUCAGCAUUCGACGACUUUCACUUUCAGAGAUGAGAAGUCUACUCUGAACAAGUCUUCGUCGGUGUUCUGUUCAAAUGUGGCCAGAGUGGAGGAGUAUCUGUUAUCAUUGAGUCCCGUGGUCAAUGAUUCAUCGACAAAGAGGCCUUUGAGGGCAACAGGGCUGGCAUUGUCCAUUGCAUCCACUGUUUCAAAGGAGUCCUUGUCCCUUUUAUUUGUUAGUGGUCCAUGUACCGUUGGGCCUGGUCAGGUAGUGUCCUUGAGUAAAAGGGAAACUAUUAGAACCUUCAAUGAUAUCACGAAGGGUCGAGCCAAGCUCAUGGAUAAAGCUCGUACAUUCUAUAAAUCUCUGAAAGAUUUGUACGUCUGUUCAUUCAUAAGUUCAUUGGACCAGACUGGGCUGUUCGAAAUGCAAUCGUGCAUGAAUUCAGUUACGCUAGUGGACUCGUUCAAUACCAAUCUGUUCAAGCAGAGCCUUUCGCAGACUAUUGAAAGUGGGUCAAUUGCUCAGAUGGAAGUUUUAACGUCGAAGGAGAUAACCAUCAGGGGAUUCUUAGGCCCUGGGGCUAUCAAUAAAGCCCGUAAGAGUGGUAACUUGAACGAUGAGCCCUUGGGUAAAUCUGGCAGUAAUUCGAUCAAGUUUGUCCAAUUGUCAAACACUUCAAUGGGGAUACUUUUCCACAUGGAUACAGUUGCUUAUGCAUCUGAAAGGUCCAAGAUUGGUUCGUACGUCUACGUUCAAAUCCGUACUUGGGUUAAAGGCAAGUUGAGAGUGACAACUCUAAAGAAGCCGACUCUAAACAAUGAAGGCGUAAAGCUUGAGAAUGGCUUCAACCAAGAGGCAUGGAUUGUACUUCUAAUGAGGCUUUACUGCUGGCAAGAGCUGCAGAUGAAAGACUUUGACUACAAUCAACGUCUUGUUCAGUUGUUUCAGAAAUUUGGAACGUUUAUACCACAAGAGCCUGACACCUUCCAAUUACCUCAAAACUUCAGACUGUUGCCACAUAUUUGGCAACAUCUUCCAUGUACUCCUAUCGUCCAAAUCGUGAACAAGACACCAGACGAAUGGUGUUAUUACGCAUUAACGUUUUCACAUGUUGAUCUGCACGAUUGCAUGAAGAUCCUUUAUCCUUUAUUGUUAGAAUUUGAUACGGACAAGGAACGAGAAGUUCCCCUCACAGCAAGCUCUAUAAAGAGCAACGUCAUUCUCCUGAUGGAUACCUAUUUCCAUGUGAUUGUACAUUGGGGGUCUCAAGUUUCUCAAUGGAAUGAAACCUCUCAGGACCACGAAGGUAUCACCAAGAUGAUCGAAUCGACUCGGAAAUACGAUAUUGGUUCAAGACUACCGCUUCCACGGUAUGUGCAGUGUGUUGAGGGUGAUUCCCAGUCAAGAUUCCUCAAAGCUCAGCUCGAUGAUGACUUCAUCCCGUGGUGGGACAACAUGUGCAAUACCGUCUGCAAUAAAUAAAAAGCCAUCUAUCUCUUCCUUUCCACAAUGACUUUACAAUUCAUAAUCAUGGUUCCAUUAACCUCCAGCGCUUUCUGCAUCGACGUAGAAUCUCUAAAUAUAACCGUAG